CCCCCUUCUGUUUGUCCUGCCGCUUACUUCCUGUGUCCCGCAGCCAAACCUGGCUUUGUUCUGCUUCUCUCUGUCCAAACUGCCAGUUCCUGACGGGACAAAAAAGGUAGGUAAAUUGAUGUACGUGUACUAAAAAUCGCAUUUAAACGCAUUUUGUCGUCGGCAAAGCUACCACGUGCAAUUAUCACUUCCUCUAUUAAACCAAUCGGCUCCGAGCUUAGAACAAUUAAUGUAAAAGGUGAAUAGUGUGUUAAAGUUAUUAUACGUUUGUAGUUACGUGUUUAUGCCAGUUCUUUAAACCGAAAAAUAUCUUGUUUCUUCAAGACUAAGCAGAGAUAAUAAAACGCGUGUUUCCUUACAAUCAAGAAGCAUAACCGCUCAACUUCAUUUGUAAACACUCCAAGUCACUCAUUCUCAGCUGAUUCACUAUACUGUGUGCACGUGGAACGACAACCUUCUCUCCGGCAUAUAACUAAGUGAUUAGGAAUGGGAGAAAAAAGAGGAUUAAAGGCAUUAGAAGUAUGGUGCAGAAGAAUUACGGAAGGAUAUCCUAACGUUAAUGUUAUGGACAUGUCUACUUCUUGGAAAGACGGUUUGGCAUUUUGUGCCAUCAUUCAUCACUUUUCACCCGAAUUAAUUGAUUUUAAAGCUUUAUCAAAGGACGAUGUUUUCUACAAUAAUUCAUUGGCAUUUGGUAUUGCCGAAGAACAUUUUGGAAUACCUGCUUUACUUGAUGCAGAAGAUAUGGUGAAAUAUGAUGAACCAGAUAAGUUAAGCAUUGCAACUUAUGUGUCUCAGUUUUAUCAGUAUUUUGAAAAUAAAUCAAAUAAUAAAACUUCCAAGCAUAUUCGUGAAAAAUCUGAAGGACAGUGGACAUAAAUCUUGACAAGAAUACAAGUGUUAUUUUUGAAACGAUUAACAGCUUUAUAAAAAUCACUUGUUAUAUAUGAUGUGAUAGAUUUUUUUUUUCUUUUUUUUUAAUGGAUUUAUCUAAUUAUCUGUCCUUUGCAUUCACUGUAAAUCCAUUACGUGUAUGUAUCAUUGUAGAAAUUGUCAUCUUUUGUAAAUGUAAUUUCAUUUUCAAAAUAGAUGUGUUGUCUAAAGUUAAAUUGUUAAAAUUCCAUUUGUAUAUAGAAAAAACAUUAAAAAAAAUAAUGUAUUUACUAUUACAAAAAGCAAAAUUUUUUAAUGCUAUUUGUAAUCUGAUGAUUAUUACAAAGUAGAUAAAUUUAUUUUCAUCAAUUUAUU